UCUUGCCCAAGUUGCUGCUUCUGCGCUUGCGUAUCAAGACUCAUGUCCGCGGCCUCCGCUGAAGAAGGAAAAUGGCGCUUGACGGGCCAGAGCAGAUGGAGCUGGAAGAGGGGAAGGCAGGCAGUGGACUCCGCCAAUAUUACCUUUCCAAGAUAGAAGAACUUCAGCUGAUUGUGAAUGACAAGAGUCAAAACCUCCGGCGGCUGCAGGCACAGAGGAAUGAGCUAAAUGCAAAAGUUCGUCUGUUGCGGGAGGAGCUCCAGCUGCUGCAGGAACAGGGCUCCUAUGUGGGGGAAGUUGUCCGGGCCAUGGAUAAAAAAAAAGUGUUAGUUAAGGUACAUCCCGAGGGCAAGUUUGUUGUAGAUGUGGACAAGAACAUUGACAUCAAUGAUGUGACACCCAAUUGCCGGGUGGCUCUAAGGAAUGACAGCUAUACUUUGCACAAGAUCCUGCCCAACAAGGUGGACCCACUAGUGUCAUUGAUGAUGGUGGAGAAGGUGCCAGACUCAACUUACGAGAUGAUUGGUGGACUGGACAAGCAGAUCAAGGAAAUCAAAGAAGUGAUUGAGCUGCCUGUUAAGCAUCCCGAGCUCUUUGAAGCCUUGGGCAUUGCACAACCUAAAGGAGUGCUGUUGUAUGGACCCCCAGGCACUGGGAAGACACUGUUGGCCCGGGCUGUGGCUCAUCAUACGGACUGCACCUUUAUCCGUGUCUCUGGCUCUGAAUUGGUACAGAAAUUCAUUGGGGAAGGGGCCAGAAUGGUGAGGGAGCUCUUUGUAAUGGCUCGAGAACACGCUCCGUCCAUCAUCUUCAUGGACGAAAUCGACUCCAUUGGCUCCUCACGGCUGGAAGGGGGUUCUGGAGGGGACAGUGAGGUGCAGCGCACAAUGCUGGAGCUGCUCAACCAGCUGGACGGCUUUGAGGCCACCAAGAAUAUCAAGGUCAUCAUGGCUACUAAUAGGAUUGACAUCCUGGACUCAGCACUGCUUCGCCCAGGGCGCAUCGACAGAAAAAUUGAAUUCCCACCCCCCAAUGAGGAGGCCCGGCUGGAUAUUCUGAAGAUCCAUUCUCGGAAAAUGAACCUAACCCGGGGGAUCAACCUGAGAAAAAUUGCCGAGCUCAUGCCAGGAGCAUCGGGGGCUGAAGUGAAGGGUGUGUGUACAGAAGCUGGCAUGUAUGCCCUGCGGGAACGGCGAGUCCAUGUCACCCAAGAGGACUUUGAGAUGGCAGUAGCCAAGGUCAUGCAGAAGGAUAGUGAGAAAAACAUGUCCAUCAAGAAACUCUGGAAGUGAGGUGGUUUCCUCAAAUAAAGUUCUGUGGGACAAGC